AUGGUGAACCCGAGCUUGCCGUGGCAAGGACACUUUGGAGAGAAGCUGCCAGAGAUCGAGAAGCUAGCGCAGGACCACAGCCCGGCACUAGAGCGCAGGACACCGGCGCCCCUGACGAAAGCUAAGCCGAAGAAGAGCAAAGAGGCGGGACAACAUUCGGUGGGCGGUGGCCAGCUUUGCGUCACCCCGGCCUGUGAGGAGGCGGAGCAGGCCCAAGCUGACAUGGAAGCGUGGUGCCGGGCGACGUUGUCAAGAGUACCAGAGGCAGAUGCGGAGACCAAGGAGGCAGCCGAGUUGCGCAGACAAAAGAUGGAGGAGGAGAUGCAGCAGGCCGACUACGUUGAGCCUGAGACGCCUGAGCUCUCCCCACGAGCUGCUUCGAGACCUGGCUGGGAAGAGGACCCAGGUUCGGGCGACGGCGAGAACUCGCCAAAGGCUGCAGGCAGCAAAAAGAGGCUGGCGAGGACCAGCUCCAUGCGGACCAACGCAGCUGCCACUGGCCGCGAAGAUGAGAAGUACGGGCUCCCGAAGCUGCAAGAUCGCUUGGACCAGAUUCAGAACACUUACUUUGGCAAGGCAGACCUUAUGGAUGAGGCAACAGUGCAGCGCAUGCGCAUGGUCUUCAACCGCUUCCGCAACGCAUCUGGCAACGAGAUCAUGCAGGAUGACCUGGGAAGCGCGGUGGAAUUCCUGGGCUAUGUCGUCACCUCCGAGGAGGAGCUCGUGACAGUGGCGGGGCAAGUUACGUCCUUCAAGGAGAUGGACUUCAAUGAGUUCCUGGAGUUCAUGGAAAAGUAUAGCGCCAGGCAGUUCGAGCGGCUGAAGUCUUUGUUCCACGCCUUCGAUGCGGAUGGCAGUGGGGAGAUCGAGGUGGCGGAGCUCAGGAGGUUGCUUCUGAGUCUUGGCAUCGUGGUGGUCCGGCAGAUGAUCGAAGAGGCCCUCGAUGUGGUGGAUGUGGAUGGAAAUGGCCAGCUGAACUUUGAGGAGUUCAUCUAUUUCAUGACAGUCUACAACCACACAGAGGGCUUCACAAAAGAGGAGGUUGAGCGCAUGUUCAACAUCUACUCCGGGUUUGUGGCCGAUUCGGUGAAGCUCAAGAGGGGGCAACAUCUACAGUGUGACGAUCUUGCGGACGCUUUGGUGGCUGUAUUUGGACUGCAUGCCGAGCCCCACGCCCUGCGCAUUUGCCACAAGCUUUGCAACAAUCCUGCUGGCGGCAAGAGGAACACCGGCACCAAUGAAGGCCUUUCCUUCCACGAGUUCCUCAUCUUUGCGCGGGGCGUUCGCCAGGCUGAGCAGGCAGAGUACAAGAGGGAGUUCCACAAGUUCGACCAGGAUGGUAGUGGCAACAUCAACGCCUCCGAGCUCCGCAGCGUAUUGCACGCAUUGGGAUACCGGCCCAUGCGCCAAGUCAUGAAGGAGGUUCUGGAAGAGGUGGAUUUUGAGCAAGACGCGGAGCUCGACUUUGAGGAGUUUUUCCACUUCAUGCUGGUCUUCAAGCAACGUGAUGGCUUCAACAAGGAGGAGCUAAAAGAUUUGGAGAGGGUCUUUCGAAAGUUCGACAAAGACCAGUCUGACAACAUCAACGUGCAUGAGCUCGGAGACAUGCUCCGGUAUUUGGGCUUCAGCGUAGGAAUUGACCAUCUCUACAUGCUGCUUGCCCAGGUGGAUGUAAACCGCAAUGGCACACUCGAUUGCAACGAGUUCUUGCGCCUCAUGCGCCUCCAUCGGGAGAGCGAACUGAAGAGGUUGUACGACAUUUUCGUUCUCCGCGGGGGUCAGGAGACCAUCCAGUCCUCCGAGCUCCUCGCGGCCAUGCAGGACUACCUUGGAAAAGAUGCACCCAAGCCGGAGCAGUUGAAGGACAUGGUGAAGUCAGAAACCUUGGACUUUGAGGACUUUGCUCACCUCGCGGACGCGGCCCGCUGGAACAAGGUGGUGGCGGAGCGCCGCAUGGCCGGCUUCUCCGCCAUGGAGAUUGCAAGCCUAGAGGAGAUGUUCCGGCACUACGACAAGGAUAGCAGCGGAGACAUCGACUCUGUUGAGGUGCAAGAGCUGCUGAGGGACUUCGGGCUGCGGCUCAGGACGCGGCAGGAGCGCCAGGAGGUCCUCGACCAGCUGAACGAAGCCCGCCAGCUGGCGGCCGAGGCAGGCAUUGAGCGGGACGUCCAGAAGGACAACGCCAUGAUCACAUUCUGGGAACUGGUACAGCUGGUUCGCUUGGUGAAGACCCAUCGGGCCAAAGUGAAGGAGGAAGAGAGCCGGCAGGCGCUGCAGGCCAUCUCCUUCUCGACGCAGGAGAUCGACGACUUCCGAUCCGUGUUCUUGAGCUGGGCCAAACACGGCGGUGUGAGCAUCUCCGAUGAGGGUGCCCUUGGGCAGAAGGUCUCAUUGCACGAGACGGCCGCAAAGAAGAGGGACACCGAGGACCUGGAUGGGGAAGAGCCGGGCCUCACGCAGUCGCUGCUUCAAAAGCUGCUGCGCUCGUUGAAUCUGACCGUCAACCAGACGGCGAAGCAGCAGCUGGAUUCACGUGUCAGCAAAGUGCAGCUCACGGAGAAGAACGAGAUCAGUUUCGUGGGCUUUUUGCAGCUGAUGCGCUGGAUGCUGGACACCAACUUCGCCGGGAUCAACAUGGCGGCACAGAAGGCGGCGGCAGCCUCCCAGGAGCGACUCUUCAAAGAGCAGCUGAGUCACUAG